UGCUGUGUGCUCCAGCAUCCAAACAGCUACAAGGCAAAAAAGCGAAAGAGCAUCCAUCCACCCACUGAUAGGAUCAACAGGAACCCACAGAGAAACAUGCAUCUGUCUCCCACUCCUCUCUGCGGUUUCCUCCUCAUCUUAAACCUGCAGCUGAUCAGCACGUAUCCCAUCAGCACCGGCUUGACUGACACUGACAUGGACAUCUUAAAGGUGCUGCUUCACAGACUGGAGGAGUCAGUGUCAGAGCAGACUGAGGUGGACCAGAGAGUCCCUGCAGAGCAGGACAGUCUGGAUAGUCUGAAUGUAGAGGAGCAGCCACAAACUGGACUGGAUGAGGCCUCAAUCAGGGAAUUUCUCUCAGCCAAGAACCUGAAGAGCGUCCGCAACGACUCGUCAAAGAGGUCAUCUGGCUGCUUUGGUCGGCGGAUGGACAGGAUAGGCUCCAUGAGCUCUCUGGGCUGCAACACUGUGGGCAGAUACAAUCCAAAGUAAAGAUGAAGUCUUACCAUCUAAACUCUGCAACGUCUCUAUCAAAAGAUAUUUUUAUUUAUUUACUAAUAUUUAUUGAAUAUUGUUUGUGGCUGACAAGUAUAUUUAUUUAAAAUGGAUGUAAAAUUGUUCUGUUUUAAUAAAUGUUUACAACUGCA